AUGAGAAUGAACUACCCAAUGUACCUAAUGGAGGAACUUCACCUGCCCCGGCUAGAGCCAGAUCGACGCCGGACUAUCCUAACAGCCGUCUACGCCGGCCUUCCAGUGGGAAUCCUCCCACCAUCGUACGCUCUAGAUCAUCUGCUACACUUUGAUAUCUUACCAGCAGCACUCUCAUUCGCUCUGGAUGCAUUCAGUGUUGUACACGGUACCGUAUCAAGAACAAUGACAAUACCAGCGGAAGAACGUACGGGAAUGGCGAACAUCCACAUCACGGAUUGGUACGAAGAAGAAGAACGGCUGCUCGAAGGUAUAAGUAGCGGUCCUCCUUUCCCCCUACUGGACCAUCGUCUCCUCCUACUCGAGUGGGAACUCUACGAGGAAAUCUACCCUUGGGAUAAAGAGAAUCGUCCUGCUAUACCACCUCCACCCAUGUCGCUUAACAUCCGUGUCACCACCACUGUCACUCGCAGCGCAUCGGAGCCAGGACUACUCCUCGAUAGUGAUGGAGACGAACUCCCGCUUCUCGGCAACCUUAGCGACGAAGCACUGGCUGAAUCAUGGAGGAGUGCACGUUGGGGAGACGAUGAAGACGAGACAGGUCGAUGGACGAUGGGAGGAUCUUGGACAACAGGGAGAGCCUGGGGUGGAGACGAUGAACAGGCAAGGAGUGCCGACGAUGAACAACCCGGCUACCCUCACCAUCCUGGUGCCACCUACCCCUACAAUACCACACCGGAGGACGGGUCACAACCUGCACCCGCUGACACCAUCAAGGAGCAGAUCAGGUACGCUCGAACGGUCAAGUCGUCGAGCAACCCAGUGGCAGGACAGGUAUCGCUUAUCGCCCCAGACGUAGCAUCACCCUAUGACGUCUUCAUCGCCACGCCACUAACAUUCCUCAUGGAACGCGAUGGCCAUCAUCUCUAUAAGGUCACCUGGCACCUCUACUCGGAAGACUCGCCUUAUCGCGUCUUCAGCCAAUGGGUCGCGCUACUCUAUCCACCACCCAUCCCAGGCAUGCACGACUGGCAUCCAACACCCAACCGGAUGAGCAUCAUCAGCGUUCAUUUCGCGGGCAAGGAAGAAGGCGUCGAACAAUACGAGGUCGAACUAUUCAGGACGUUCUCUGAUCAAGUCCACUACAGAGAUGCCAAGACACCUCGUGAGUUCACGCCGGUCAUCUUCCAACCCCUCGUUGCCAUGAUCGAGCGCCCUGGAUGGCUUACCGACAGUGUCGAAGCACUGAAGGCGGUCCUCUAUGAAGACGGAUCCAUCUCGCACUGGGCGCCCACCGAGUUCCAUCCUCAGCCACAAGAGGAUCUCGACGCGGAAUGGGAGGUCGUACCCCAUACCACCAUCCCAGUUUAUGGCCAUGUGGGUGUCCGUGGAGGACGAUGA